AAACAGCACGAGAAUGGCCACUUGCGCGUAAUCGCAGCGACGUUUCCAGGCCAAAACGCAUAAACAACCGAACGCGCAGCCACUCCUCGCAAGAAAGAUGCGAUCUUCUCCGGUGAUGCGGAUUCCUAUCCCGCGAGUGUAGCGCUGUUGGGCAAGCGUUGCGGCACUGCAUUCACGCCCGAGCUUGCAAUGGAAAAGCCUGCAGCGCGGGAAAGGUGGGAAGAUGCGUUUCUCUCGCGCGGGAUAUUAUAAUAAUGGCUCUUACGAGGCAUACGAGAUGUGGCUUCUUACCUAAUAGCCCCUCGAACUCCCAUCGACGAUUCCAUAUAUACUUUCGCUGUAGCAGUGGGAUCCAUUGUUUUCUCUCUCGAAGAAAAAAGAACUGUCUUCAUCGCCGGUCAAAAACGACGAACGAGUGUAGCGUCGGCUCGGACGAAUAAAGCGAGUAUCCGGUGCCCACGCAACUAUAAUUAGAUUCCACCUCGUUUGAUUUUUCUUCUCCAAGCGGCGAAUGGCUGAUUUUCCAAGCGGCGCGAUAGAGAAAGAGAGUCGUCGCGCUGUCUGCCAUAGCGGCUGACGCGCGAGCCGACCUCAGGGCUCGAUUUUCCGAUCGGGUUGUUUGACCUUUGGGUUUGUGUUUACCGGUUACACAACGUUUGCGGCCGUGCAGCAGUUGUACCUGGCUUUGAUGAUGCGGCGGAUUCGGCUAUAAGUAAACAAACACAAAAACGCCUGCUCAUUUGUGAAACGGUAGCUUUAAUAAUGAGUGUAGCCCCUCGUAAAGAUAACUUUUAUUUCGCGAUCGCCGAUCUGAGAGCGCGACAAGCCGAAUGUUUAUGACGCUUUCGAUAUUCAAAACGAUACAGCGCGGUGAAUUAUUGCGGCACUAAAUAAAUUUAAGCUCUUAUCGCGCACUUCUUUGUCUAGCUCCAGAAUUUAGAAACGGGCGCAUUUCGAUAAACGAAUCGGCGUUAUCGCGAAUGCAUUGUUUUUAUUCAGGUUAGAAAAGUGCGUUUGGGAUAUUGUCGAUCAAUAACAAUACACGGAAAAAAAAUGGUUAGUAACAGUAACAAACCGCUUGGCAAAAUACACACCCACUAUUUUUUUGGUAACAUUUAUCAAGUUAUUGGUUAGGUUAACCAAAAAAUAGUUGGUGCGUAUUUUGCCAAGCGGAAAAAAUAGCAUAGGUACAGCGACGACAAAAGCGCAUUAUGAUGCAAAGUGAAAAAGUGCGCUCAGUCUGCGGGGAAAGUGCUGCGCGCAAACGCACGAAUGCAGCAGCAGUAGGCGUCCAUAGAAAACUCGUCAAUGUCGGCUUUUUGUUGCGCUCGCGCUGAUAAACCGCCGGCUAAAAAAAGUGUCCCAUUGUUUACUCGCCUUGGGAUUCGCAUGAAAUCCGUGUAUCGAUAUAUGCACAAUGCGCUGCCGGGACUGUCAACCGUUAUUUUUCAGCUCUCUCGACUUGAACUUACACCUCGCGUCGUUUUAUCGGACGUCCAUCCCGCCGAGCGUCCAAUCUGGCCUCGGCCGAGCGCAAAAAUCACAUUUCUACCGUGCAAGGCGAUUUCGAUAAGCCGUCGAACACGCACACCUGUACGCGCCGGGUCUUUUUGUCCCCCGGCUUAUCGGCAAUAUCAUGCAUUGACAUCGGCCGCGAGGAAAAUCGCGAUCGCGAUAGUGGAGGAAUUUUAUCAGCUCUCACUCACCGUCGUCCGCACAUACUCAAGUAUAAUUGCGAUAAACUCGCGCCUAUGGGCGGGAGGAGUAGGAGGAGGACUAUAUAGGCACUGUUGCAACGGCCGCCGCGAGUAUAUAUACUAUCGCGCGCGAACGCAAGCACCGCCAGUGUAGUACCGGCGCUCGUCGAGCUUUCGUCUAUUCCGUCGUAUGCGGCGUACGUAUAGACUUUUCGGUGUGCACGAGGAUGAUGCUCGCUCGGGAAAUAGAGUCGCGAGCCCGGAAAGCUCGCGCUGCUCGUCACGGCGCUCGGUUUUGCGGGCCUGAAAACAGCAGCGGUGUCGCCAACUCCGCACUGUGACGUCGGCCGUGUUGUCGCGGCAGUGACGCAAGCCUGUGCAUCGCAUGACUUUCCAAGUGGGACGAGCAGUAUUUGGUGCACGAAAAGGGACGUGGAAUCAUUUAUGAAUGGAUGGCGGUUCGACGGAGGACGCGGGAGGUGGAUCCUUUGCGGGCCUGGGAAGUCUGGAAGGAUGGCGGGCCCCUUCGAAGAUCGCGAUCUGGUGCCUCGUGCUCUGCGGCUCACUGCUGCUCAACGCCACGCUGCUCGUCGCCUUCAUCCGGCGACCCGGUCUCAGGACCAUCUCCAACAGAUUCGUGAUGAACCUGAUCGCCUCGAACCUGCUGGCGGCCAUCGUGCUGACGGGCCUGCUCAUCACCGACAGCUGCGGCCUCUCCAGCCUGACGAGCAGCGGCGCGCCGAGCCUCUGCGCGCUGGCCGAGGGCGCGAUGGCCUUCGUCACCACCUCGUCGAUCCUCUCGGUCCUGCUCAUCGGCGUCGACCAGUACCUCGCGGUGGUGGACCCGCUGCGCUACCGCACGCGCAUCGACAAGCUCAAGUGCGCGCUGCUCAUCCUCGCCGUCUGGCUGAUCGCGCUGCUCUUCGCCGGCCUGGCCAGCCUCAACCCGGAGCCGCGCAGCCUCUGCUGGCCGGCCGGCUCCGAUGACGCGGCUGCCGGGCGCCGCGAGCUCAGCUUCCAGGCCAGCCUGCUGCUCGGCGACGCCGCCGGCUCCAACUCGUCCGAGCUCGAGAUCGAGGGCGAGAUCCGCUUCGACGAGGAGGAGGAGGAGGAGCGCAACGCGACCGCGAGCUCGCCGCCGGGCCUCGGCGCCGGGGUCACCUACGGGCUCAUCUACGCGCUGCUCUACGCCCUGCUGGGCUACCUGCUGCCCUUCCUCGCCAUCUGCUGGAUCUACGUGAGCAUCUACACGGCGGCGCGCAGCAACUCGGAGCGCACGCGGCGCAACGGCUCGCGGCCCAUGCUCAGCUCGGGCAGCUUCAGCGAGGAGCCCGGCAGCCGGCCGGACGCCUCGCUCGAGGACUUCCGCCGCAUUCCCAAGAUCUCCUCGCUCUCGUCCAUCGACGAGAACAGCGAGGCCUGCCCCAGCCCCAACCCGCAGCAGCAGGAGCAGCGGCUCGAGCCUGAGGAGCAGACGGCCGUCAUCUUCACCGUGGGCUCGAGCCAGGUCCAGCAGAAUGCCAAAGAUAGCACCCAGUCCAAAGUUCCUAUAGCCGCGCUGAGGGCCCAGUUCCUGCAGCAGGACGACGAGCCGCCCGCGGCGACGAGCAGCCGCUUCCCCGAGGUCAGCGGCCAGCGGCGCAAGUCGUCCCACGAUCUCAUGUACGAGGAGAUGAUGCUCGGCAGCAGGCACCCCUACGAGUACGACGACGACGACGACGACGGCGACGACGACGGCGACGACGACGAGUUCGGGCACUCCAGCGACGAGGAGCAGCCGCCGAGGCACGAGGAGGACUGCGAGGAGGCGCUGCCGCUCUCCCAGCAGCAGCAGCCCCGCCGCGAGUCCGAGAGCGGGGCGCACAGCUCGACGCGCUCGAUCAGCGUCAACUUCGACCUGAGCGAGCCGCCGAAGGAGCCACAGCAGCAGCAGCCGCCGCCGCCGCCGAUAGUGACGAUCACGCCGCCGGGCCAGAAGAGCGCGGCGAGCUCGGUGCCGCUGCAGCGGGCGCCCAGCGUCAAGAGCAAUAGCCACAGCUACAUCCACAACCUAAAGUACCGCAUCAGCAACGGCUCGCUCUUCAAGUACCGCGAGGAGACGCGCGCCGCGCGAAUCAGCGCGCUCGUCAUCGUGAUGGGCCUGAUCUGCUGGACGCCCUACGUCUACGUCCUGCUGAGCCGCAACCUGCCGGGCCUGAGCCCGCCCCAGGAGCAGUCGAGCGGCCUCGACGCCACGGCGCUGGGCUUCCUCGUGCUCGCGAGCUACAUCAGCCCGCUGCUCUUCGGCUACCGCUCGCGGCGCGUCAAGCGCGAGCUGCGCAAGUUCUUCUGCUUCAAGCGCGAGCUCUCCUACAAGAACAACCGCAGCCUCAUGGCGAAGAAGGUGCUGCGCAGGCGGCACAGCGGCGCGACCAUCCUCGGCAUCGAUGCCUCCAUCGACAACGCGCGCUACAACAUCUUCAACUGCGUCUACGGCCGCAACCGCUGGCCCAAGGAGAAGGUCCAGUUCGUCCAGGUGCCCGAGACCGCGCUGGCCGUCGAGACCUGCCGCAGCAGCUUCAGCAGCGGCGCCAGCACCCAAAUAUCCAGCACCUCGACCGACGAGUGCUGACCGAGCGCCGCCCGUCCGAUGCCGCAUCGCCCGAAGCGGGAGCCGGCGGCGGCGCUCUGACUCGCCGCGCUGCACUUUGGCAUCUUUCGCGCCGACGCUCGUCGCUUGUUGUGCACCCGAAAUCUGCUGGCAGUCGAGCGAAUUCUCGACUGCGCGACGCGAUUCGUCGGAGCGAGACAAUGCCGUUGGCGCUCCUUCUCUCGCGCUGUGUAUACGCGACGACGUCGGCGCUAGUAUUAUUAUUAUCGUCGUCGCGCAGCGCGGAAUUUUCGAGAUAUAUACGUCUACUUUCCAUGACAGUUCCCACGAGGUAUUUCUUCCGUCUCGCGGUCCGCCGCGAGGGACGGAACAUCGAGCAUCUGUAAAUAUGUCAUACGUGUAAUUAUAGUUUUGUAGAGACAAUGCGUCGAGCGCGCUGAUCAUUCAUUCGUUUAGUAUUCUGGCGACGUUUUUUAGUUCAAGCGAAUGUGUGUGUGUGUGUGUGUGUGUGUGUGUGUGUGUGUGUGUGCUUGGUUCUUCUUUGUACAUUGUAUAUAUGCGAGCGUGCGUACAUUGCGAACAGUGUAAGAGACCUUUGUAUGGGAAGUAAGCCGGAAAAGCUCGCUCGGGUUUUGCAAUGUUGUACUUACAAUGCUAUAACUAAGCUUUAGUCGACUGGUAAAUGAUCGCGUACUAGUCAGUCAUCGAAAUCAGGAUAAAAGCCAAAAAGGAAGUACUUAAAUUAGUGAUGUGGCGCGCUAUGCAACUUUACAGAAGAGUCAGUUAUUAAUUUUAGAAAGCUUGCGUCUCGUAAUGACCUUUGUAAAUUAUCAUUCUACUUCUUGUUCGCUGCCAGUUUUUACGCUUUCGUCGUCUCGCUGCGCUGCUCUUUUUCGGCAUCCGAUCGGAUUAACGUUGUGUUAACGACAACGGUAUAACGGCUAUUAAGCCGUACCCGCAAUGGCAGCGCAGAAAAUAACUCAAGUCACUAUUUCAAACAGUCAAACGUAAAAGUAUAUCUGUAACAGUUAUAUAUGGUAAUUAAGAUGGACGUUAAAUGUAUAAAUACGUAUAGUCGUAAAGAAAUAUACUUAUCAUUAAACCUCCCGCGAUGUUCUCGACGAAACGAUAUUAUAACUCGGCGACUUCCUACGAAGUCAACAAACAUUCUGUCAAAAUAUGCAACAGCAUUCUUCGAUCAGCCGUCGUUGAGCCGUCGUUUUUUUUCCCGGGCAUUUAGAGUUAUUUUCGCGGUGAUUCUUGGAUUUAUACGUACCCCGAUGCGCGAGCUUACUUCCCCAGUGCGAUUACUGUAAGUUUUACGGACAAAAAAGAGUCGAAGCCUCUCCAAAGUUGUAAUUUAAGCACCUAAAGAUAUUUGGUAAAAUUAUAGUUCUUCUCGAGCCUCGAAUGCUGAAUUUUCCGUAUGAAUGUCCUGCAUUUAUGUAUAGCAAGUAUAUCGUGCUUUCCGGUUCAAGAAGAGUAAGCGAUAAAGGGAUUUCUAUAAAAAGUCUAUAUUCCGAGCUUGCGGUUGAGCAACUCGUAAAAAUUAGUGGACUGUGGUGCCAAUAACACAAUUAUACUUGUUUGCUGAGAAAACAAAGACGAAAUUCCUACUGUAUGAUGCACGCUUAUAGAUUGUUAACGACGAGGCUUCGGCUCCUUUCAGCGAGCGAAACGAAAACUUUGUAAAUAUGAAAAUCGCAUUAACGUAAAAGCGUACGCUUGUUUUCGUCCGACAUGAACGAGCGGAGCAAAAGAAAGAGAGAAAGAAAGAGGAGAGAGCUAGACUUUCUUCCGAUACUACGUGGACAAGCAUUUCGCGCAUUUCUCUAAUCGUAUUAGACUUAUAAUCGACAUAUGUGUAAUCGACGAGCGUAACGUUUGAUAAGCUGCGACGAUCGCGAAAUCGAAUUUUUUUUAUUUCGUUUUUAUUUCAACCUCACGCAACGUUAAUGUAUAGCUAUUUUGUAUAAGCGCGUCUUUGAGUAUUUUUGUAUACGACAACAAACUCCCUCUCUUUUCUUCCCGACUGUAUUUCUUUUGUACACAUUGCCCGAGUCGUCUGUCGUCACUAUUAUUUAUAUUAAAUAAGCUGAACGAACGACCGCGCGAGGCGCAAAAAUUUAUUGUUAAUCUAGCGUGUAUAGAACGGAGUUGAAUACGUGUUUCAAAUAGCCGAUUCUUCGUUGUUCUCCUUUUAUGUGCUUUUUUGUUUGUAAACUCGCACAGGAAAAAGAAACUUGUUGUAAAGUUUUUUUGCGACACCUUUGUUCUUAUACAUGCCAAUCGAAACCGACGAUUUUUCAUCAAUUAUGUGCUGCUCUAAAGCGAAUUCUUUUGCAAACCGUACGAAGCAAUAAACGAACAUGACAAUUGCAAUUGAUGCGAAUUUUAAUUUCUCACUCGCGACAAUUAUAUCGUAUCCAUCAACUGUUUCAAACGUGUACUCAGCUCUGUACGCGACACGAGUCAGUCAGUGAGUAUAGUAAAUGAGGCGGAUAAUCGAAGCGGAAAAACGAAAUGAAAAAUCAAUUGCGGUCAAAGCUGACGCAGUUUUUUCUGGACUCUGAUGUUUGCAGACGCACGGAAGUACUUGGGUGUUUUGUAAAUACAUGCGAAAACGAACAUCGAGGGUUAUGAGCGUGGCGCGUUGAUUUCGACGCUUCGUCGUUGAGAAGUCGAAAUCAGGCGUUGCGACGCGGUGGACAGUCUCUUACAACUUGUGAUAUAUCUUCGUACGUCAGCCAAUUAUGUAAUAACGAGUCAGCCCUAAUUUGUAUUAAUUGAUGAAUUAAGAAGUCCCUAACUUAUACGACUUAAUUAAUAAAUUAUAACUUCCAACCAAUAA